AUGCCCAAAAAACAAGUCAAACGCAAAGAAAAGAAACCAAAGAAAAAGGUGGCAUGGAGUGAGGAAGAUGAGACACAUCGCCAGGCACCCAUCAAUUGUGCUGAGGCAUACGCUAAAGCUCAACAGGAAGUUCUCUCUAUUCCGGGUACUUCAGUCAUCGAAGACAUCCAAUAUGCAAUGUCUCUUCUCUACAAGCAAUAUAAGGCUGAAACCUGGCCAGAUAAGUUCAAGCAAAAACACGAUCUGUCACGUGCCGAGUCUCCAACAAAGGAAGCCUUAGUUGCGGCCAGAAUCCUUGAAGAAUACUCAAACUUAACAACAGUUUUGCAUCAAGAGCUUAAUUACGAUUUUUACUGGGCCGUUAAUGAAACCGGAAAAAUUCUUGGGAAGGCUACAGGAGAAGAAUAUGAUGAUGAUGAUCUUGAAGAAUGCGACUCUAUGGAAG